AUGGAGAAGAAUCCGUGGUACAAGAAUGUGCAGGGGCCCUUCCUGCAGUGGCAAGGUCCCACCGGCAUCAAGGCAGAUGGCGGGGGGUGCACCCGCGGGCGGGGCUUGGUGGGCAGCAUGACGGUGCACAGGGCUGCACACAGCCGCGAUAAAGAUGCCAUCAUUCGCGCGGUGGACGCCGGCGCGGAUGUGAACGAGGUGGAGGCGGCCGGAAACACCCCCCUCCACUCCGCGGCCUAUGAGGGCUGGACGGAGGGCUGCGAGCUCCUGCUCAGCCUGGGCGCCAAGAUCGAUGCCAGCAACAACGCUGGGGACCGGCCCUGGCACUGGGCCCGCAACAUGGGCCACCAGGAGGUCCAGGACUUCCUGGAGCAGAACGGCGCCUCCACGGAGCAGGGCCAGGUGCUGGUGCAGGACCAUGUGCCCAAGGUCAAAGACUUUUUCCAGAAGGAGUGCUGGGCGCACCACCCCAAGCCCCACGCCGAGUACAUGGAUUGGCGGAAGAAGGAGGACGAGGCCUACGAGGCGGAGCGCGCCAAGCUCAUCCCCGGCAUGUAG